AUGCAUCUAAAACGGAACAUCUUUGCAUUACUUGCUAUCCUCAUAAGUCUAAAUGAAAACAGCGCAGAUAAAUGUGAAAGAAUCAAAAUUGGCAACGAAUAUUACAAACGACAACUCGUCGCCACCAUAGAUGGCUUUGCAACUGGUCUGGUGGUGGAUCCAAGAACUGAUAAUAUAUUUUUCUUGCUUCACAACAGAAACUAUACGAGAGGAAUAUAUCUGUUGAGGCAUGGCGCCUUGGCCGUCCAAGAACUGCCGGUCUCUGAUGACUUAAUCGGUCAAUGUGUUGGUAUAGAUGUCAGGAACAACGUUAUAUACGUUGGCACAAAUCAAGGUCUGGCAAUAUACGAUUAUUCUAGAAGUGAGAUAACUGUUGACAGACCUAUUGGAGAUGAUGAUGUUAGAAAUAUAUUCUUCGAUAAGACUGACAACCGCAUGUAUAUAACAACCGGGCCACAGCACGAAAUUUUCAGGUUUGUGAACGGAUCCGCAGCUGUCAAAAGAUACGAAAGGGUGCCAAAAGCAUACAAUUUCGUUCUUGACAGUAAGGGCAAUGUAUUUUAUGAGUACAUUGAUGGUAGAUUGUACUUUUUCUCGGUAGAUUUAUUCGAACCAAUUCAAUACAAAGGCCUCACAAGGGAGUUGAAGUACAUUCUACAGAUGAACAAUAAUGACGAAGCGAUCAUAGCUGUAAAGGGAUCUCUUUAUCGUCUAUUCACGAACAGUGUUUUGCCGGUCAAAAUUGGACAGCUUGGAUUCAAGAUCACUGCAAUGUUUUUUGACGCUAAAAACAAUAUUAUAAUUGGUACAAGAGGAAAGAUUUACAGAUACAAACCAAUUGAUACUAACGAUCCUUGUCCUCCUGAUGAUUAUUUUAUGUCUAAUAUUUAA